AUGUACGAGCUUCACAAGCGCUUGACGGAAGGAUCAACCGGUGGCUCGACCAGUCGAUCCGGUCUGGUCUCUGGCAAAUCGAAGCUCGCCGAUGCUUGCAUAGAUGCAGCAAGCUUCAUGGUCGACAUACUGGUUGGCUUGACUGAAAGGCAAUACCUAAAUGGACAAAUGCCACUCAUCGUGUCGUGGCUCUUUGCUUCCUCUCUUAUCCUGGGCGUUGGCUUACUGGGGUCCUUCGGCCGCAUCCUCGAAAAGUACACGCGGAACGCAAUCAUGGUACUAGAGCACUUCGCAAAGAAGGAUGCCCAUGCUUCGCAGUACUCUCUCAUUGCAAAGUCGCUUCUAAACGCUGCACUAGAUUACCUCGAAAAGAAGGAGCUUGAGGAACGACUUCAGAGGACGGAAAGCUCGUCACAGUUGUUUGGGCUAGUACCGCGGGAUAACGUGGAAUCUGAGCAAAUCGCCCAUUCUUCUGCUCAUGAUGUUGUUCCGGGACUGGGGCAAGACCGCCAAUCGGCAGUCAAGACAAAUUCCGUCUCUGGCUUUUUGGGCCUAGGCUCGCCGUCUUUCGCAGACAUGGAUACCUCGUUUUUGACUCUGUCAAACUCGCUCCCGAGGACACCAGAUUUGUCAAUCCUUGACGGGAGGAAUGACGGAGAUCAUGGAUUUGGAGACCUGAAUUUAUUCCAACUCCUCGAUGGGGAUGGUCACAUCGAUCUUGGUCCCUACAUAUAG